UAGUAUUAGUUAGGUAGCAUUAUUUAAUCGUUUAUAAAUUGAAGAAAAUGAAGAUCAGAAGAGCUGAGGUAGCAAGAUUAUACUCCGUAUUAAAUAAGAGGGAGGGAUGGAAUGGUGGGUUUCAAUGCCAAAACUGGAACUUCACGCUCACCUCAAUGGCUCCAUCAGAAACUCUACUCUUCUGGAGCUAGCCAGAGAACUGGGGGAGAAGGGCAUAAUUAUUUUCUCCGAUGCUGAAUGUGUUUUAUUGAAAAACGAUCGCUCAAUUUCUGAAUCCCUCAAAUUGUUCGAAUUGAUUCAUCUUCUCACCACAAACCACAAGACAAUCACCAGAAUUACCAAAGAGGUAGUCGAAGAUUUCGCCGCCGAGAACGUCGUGUAUUUGGAGCUGAGGACAACUCCCAAGAGGAAUGACUCGGAAGGGAUGAGUAAGAGGUCGUACAUGGAGGCUGUUCUGGAGGGUUUGAGGUCUGUCAGUACUGUUGAAACUGACAUUUUUCGUGGGUCAGAUGUAGAAGGAAGUCAUGGGAAUGGCCAUUCACAAAGAAAGAAGAUUUAUGUUAGACUUCUUCUCAGCAUAGACCGGCGCGAAACCAGAGAAGCUGCCAUGGAAACUGUCCAGCUUGCUAUGGAAAUGAGGCAUUUAGGGGUCGUGGGAGUCGACCUUUGUGGCAAUCCCAUGAUUGGUGAAUGGACAACUUUUUGGCCUGUGCUGGAGUUUGCAAGAGAACAGGGACUCUUAGUCACCCUUCACUGUGGAGAGGUGCCAAACAUGGAGGAAAUCAAUGCAAUGCUAGAUUUCCUACCUGCAAGAAUUGGCCAUGCUUGUUGCCUUAAACAAGAGGAAUGGAAAAAAUUGAAGUCCUACAAGAUCCCGGUUGAGAUUUGUUUGACGUCCAACAUCAGAACCGAAACCAUCUCUUCGUUGGACAUUCACCAUUUUGCUGAUUUGUACAAUUGUAAGCACCCGAUUGUGUUGUGCACUGACGACUCGGGUGUUUUCUCUACCACCUCGUCUCGGGAAUACGCCAUUGCCUCUUCUGCAUUCGGCAUAGAAAAGAGAGAAAUGUUUGAGCUGGCAAGGAAUGCCAUUGGUUUCAUCUUUGCUGGUGAUGGAGUCAAACUUGAGUUGGAGCAAAUCUUUGAUUUGGCUGCUGAAAGGCUACAAUUCUGAAGGAAGAAAAGAAGGGGUUUUAU